GGCCCGGGAGCGGCUCGGGCCGCGCUGAGGGGAGGCCCCGGGGGGACGAUGAGCGGCGGCAGCGGCGGCGCGGGGGGCCCGGACGGCAACGACGAGUUUUACCAGCAGCUGCGGCUGCAGCAGCUCUACGGCGAGGGCGGCGGCGGUGGCGAGGGCGGCACAGACGCCUUCACCUACGUGGACCCGGCCGACGGCGCCGCCUACGAGUGGGACCGCGAGAAAAAGGCCUGGUUCCCCAAGAUAAAUGAGGACUUCCUCGCAACAUAUCAUGCAAACUAUGGCUUCUCUACAGAGAAUAAAGACAGUUCCUCUGCUUCUGGUGCAGUGAUUGAAAGUAAGCCACCUGCAGAUUCUAGGACACCUGGAAUGCGGCAGCCAACAAAUAAAAAAGAAUCGCAACAAGCAGAUCCCAAACAGAAAGGAGAAAAAAGAAAACCUGAUGCAGGGUGGUUUCAGGUUGAAGAAGACAAAAACACAAAUGUAUACGUUACUGGUUUGCCUCCAGAUGUUACAAAGGAUGAAUUUAUACAGGUUAUGUCAAAAUGUGGCAUAAUUAUGCUAGAUCCUCAGACAGAUGAACCUAAAAUCAAACUCUAUAAAGACAAGGAAGGGAAUCUGAAAGGUGAUGGCCUCUGUUGUUAUCUCAAGAGAGAAUCGGUUGGUCUCGCGUUAAGACUUUUGGACGAGGCUGAGAUUAGAGGAUACAAACUGCAUGUUGAAGUUGCAAAGUUUCAGCUGAAGGGGGAGUACGAUGCAAGCAAAAAGAGGAAGAAAUGCAAAGACUACAGGAAGAAGAUGUCUCAACAGCAAAAACAGCUGGAUUGGAGGCCUGAGAAGAAAGAUGCUACUGCUCGAAUGCGACAUGAACGUGUUAUCAUCAUCAGGAACAUGUUUCAUCCAAAGGAUUUUGAGGAGGAUCCUUUAGUUCUGAAUGAAAUCAGGGAAGAUUUGCGGACAGAAUGUGAGAAGUUUGGACAAGUGAAAAAGGUCCUUAUAUUUGAUCGACACCCGGAUGGUGUGGCCUCUGUGUCAUUUAAAGAAGCAGAUGAAGCAGAUCUAUGCAUACAGGCUCUCAAUGGAAGGUGGUUUGGUGGCCGGCAACUAAGUGUUGAACCCUGGGAUGGUGUGACAGACUAUCAGAUUGAAGAGACCUCAAGAGAGAGGGAAGAAAGGCUCAAAGGCUGGGGAUCAUUUUUAGAAGACCCUGACGCAUCAGGCCAGAAAACUACAUCUGAUGCAAAUUCUUCAACAAGCAGCGUGAAACUGCCUGAAGGAGAACAGGCUUCAAAAGAAACCGACCCUUCCAAAGGUGCUGUGAACGACGAUGCUCGGAAGAGAGAGAAUAACGGCCAAGGCAUGAAUGAAGAUGGCGCUCCAUCCACAGACAGCAGCGUUGCGGGCAGUGAUGAUGAAGCAGAUACAUAACAUCUUGAUAUUUUGUGAAAGUGUAAUUUCUAGGGCAAUGCUUGGGUUCCUAUUAUCCUGUGCUUCAAGGUGACUCAAGGCAGUGUUCGUAUGAAUUAUAUGCAGAUUAGGAUGUCAUCAAUUGUGUGCUUUGAAAUUUUCAUUAAGAGCAGUAUUUAAUGAGGAUUUAAAAGUUCAUAUUAAUUGACUGUUGUUCUAGCUGAGUAUCUCAAUUUGGGUGCAGAGAACUGACCAGGCUUUUUAUGUCAUAUUUUUGCUUGUCAGUGUUUCAGUUAUGUAAAUGUGAAGUACGCUCAAACUCUGAAGUUUCUAUAAUGACACAAACGAAGUCAAAUAAUAUACUAAGGUUAUUGACAACUGAAUGAUUUUAACAUUUGCUUUAAUUUCUUGAGACCUUUCGGAACUUGGUAUCAUUCUGUUAAAGAAGACAGUUGUUGGUACUGAACCCAUACAUGUACUGCCAUGUGUUUGACAUUCUACCUAUCAGUUGGCCUACAAAACUGAAAAAUAAAUGAGCCUUAACAGAGCCAACAUGAAGCACCAGAUAUGUGAAACGGUGCUUUUAAAUUGAAAUGCUGAGCAUAUAAAAUCUCUUACUUUCUGCAUAUAUCUUCCAUUAGCGUAGAGCAGUUGCAAGUCUGUUAAAAGGACUAGAAGCUGUAAACAUUUCAACACUGGAACGUAACAAAUAAGACUGACUUCGGAUCUUAGUUUUAAAUUCUGGCAGUGAAGGUAGAUGUUCAUCAUAUGCUAUAAGCAUGUAAAAAUAUAUCGUACGUUUGAAUAUUUGGCUUUUGGGGUUUUUUUGCCUUGAUGAAUCUAAGAUUAAGUAGGGCUUCUCUGCUAAGAGUGGGGAGGUAGUAUGUGCCAUGUUCUCUUUGAGACACACAUACUUUUGGGCCCGUCUCCAGCCCCUAGAACUGCUUUUUCAUACCCCAGAGACUUAUAAAAUUUGAAGAAUUUUGAUAACUUAAUCCCAGAGUUGUUGCACAAAUAUUUGAAUAUUUGGCAAUGUGUUUUUUGAAGAAUAUUGCCUUCUUCCAUUUACAUCUUGUUAGCCAGUUAAGCAGUUUUGAAGUGUGCUGAAUUUCAAAAGCGACUUCAGUGGAGAUGUUUAUCAUCGAAACAACUUAAUUAGACAUCUAAUUAAGGAUUUAGGAACAUGAUUUUGGCCCUGUCCCUUUAGUAGAUCUCUCCAUAUGGAUGACUUUUUAGUUUUCAUUUUACAGGAGGCUUUUUAAACUUCCAAUUUAUAAUGUUGAUUUUUUUUUUCCUUAAUAAUAAAUAAUAGGUCGAAAGAGAUUAUGGAUGCUAAUUCUCAAGUGUGUUUCCAUUUUGAAGCAUUUGGACAGUUUGAAUAGAAGACCCUGAUUGUCUUUCAGAUAGAUUUGUGCUGUGGUUACCUUCUGUGGUUUUUGCAUUUGUCCAGGCAGCCACGCUAGUUACAUUUUUGGGGGGAAUUUUUUUUGGGGUGGGGGAAAUCCCCUUGUGCUUGGAUCAUAGCGAUAAGAAUGUGUAAAUUCGUAAUCGCCAUUGUAGUUGCAUCUUAUUUUGUUUUCUGAGCAACCUAGAUGAGAGUACGACAAAGACCAUCAGAUGCGAUGCCCCUGAAUUUGACAGCUAUGGUUUUUUGGUUUUUUUAAUGAUAUUUGUGUGACAGGUUUUUCUACUUGUACAUAACAUUAUUUUAGGAAACUUUAAUGGAUUGUUCCAUUAAAAGCGUAUAAAUACUUAUAGCUGUGGCCUACAUUGAUUCUAAACAUAAGAAACGUUUGCGCUGGUAAUGAAUGUUGCAGAACUUAUCACCACAAAUAGCUGUGUGCUUAAAGCUUCUGUGUAGGACAUGUGCAGCUUAGUGUCAUGGCUGUUGCUUUCAGUGCUCUUCUAGCUCCAAAACUCUAGACCUAUAAGCUAUUGCUCUUUGUUAGCUUUUGGAGGUCCUGUUUUACAAUAUGUAACCUUCUGUGCAGGUGUUUGAUUUUGCAGUUACAUAGGAGAACUGAAACUGCUGUGGAGAACGCUUGAGAAAUGUAUGAAUGUUGUAUAUACAGUACUUAAAGCCUUAUCACUCGGUGUCAGAAAACCCCAUCUAUUUUAGUACGAAUUAGUGUGUUUCAGGAGGAAAAAAAUAUCUAAUGCUAAAUGACACUGUGUCUGUAUAGCAAGUUUCCUCUCGGUUGAUUCAUAAAUUCAUUUGAUUGGCUUGCCUAUCAAGUGAAAUGUGCUUAAUUGGAGGAGUAGUAGUUUUAACCUCUUCUUUUUGCUGUCCACACAAUUUCUAAAUGAAUAAAUGCAAUGAAGAUUGUAAAAACGUUAACCUUUCUUCAUUCUUGAAGUAAAAUAAUGGAAAAGGAUGUAAAAACCCUAUUGUUUUCAUGCUAAUGCCUGAAAUUCAGAACUUCUCACUCCUAGCUAGAAAAACUGUCUUAAAGUAAGUACAUUACAUUGAAAGUCCUUUUCCUUCCCUCCCCCCCAGUGUUUUGCCAAUACAUCUGAAAAAUGUGUAGUUUGAUUAAUAAAACAUCAUGACAAGACUAUGUUAGUUUAUACAAAGUAAUUGGUAAAGAAACUGGCUUUGUUUCUUGUAGAUGCUUAUGUGAAUUGCUAUUUAGUAACAGCAAGUUUUCCCUUUUUCUUAGUUAUGCAAGUGUUCAUUAUCCACUAAUUUUGAGGUAGGCGGGCAUGUCUACCUGUUCAUUAAUGCGCCUUAGAUGCUGUGCAUUUAGUGUAGUACUUCCUUAAUAAAGUACUAACUAAAUGCUCAGUACCUAGAGUUACUGCACGGUAGCACUGGCGCAGUUAUUUAGUGACACUUACUGUGCAGUAGCCUAUUAACACGGUUGUUGCCGUGACACGCUACUGUGCAGUGUUGUUAGGCUAAUGUGCAGUAAGCAUCUUGUGUAAAUAUGCCCAGCUAUUAUUUUUCAUGAUCAUGAAAAUGGAUUUCUAGUAUUUCAGUGCAGUAAUGACUCAACUGAUCCAUGUGUGCGCAAAACUUGUGAUCACAUCAGUCUAAAUUUUUAGAAUUUUUAUUACGUUUUAAUCCCAGUAACUGAGUAGCAUUAACUUCUUCUAAAAUACACCAAAUAGUUUUUCCAGGUAACUAUCUACCCCAUAAAUAGUUUGAGAGAAUAAAAUCCAAAUGUAGUCUAAAACCUAAGGAUUUGUUGCUUUGUGGCUCAAAAUGAAAAUGCUCUCUUAUGAUAAAAGAGAACUACGUUGUCAGUACAGAGUUAAAUCCAUCAGUUCAGUAAGGACUGCAAGUGGAAAUUCAUGCUCUUGUACCUUAUUUUAUACCUUAAUUCUUGGUAGUGAUUUUUUUUCCUAAUCUGAUCUGUACUCCACUCGCCAGGAUUCCCCCAUGAAGUUGUUACAAACAGCACAGAAAAUGGGUUCAAUCGGAGAAGUGAACAUUUCGAGAAAAGCCAUCCCUCUUAAACUGUCUUUUCAUGAAAAGGUGCGGUUGGUUCGUGGUUUAGCAGGAAGCUGAAAUGAUCUUCCAGCAGUCACUGUAGUCGAUGGUGGAAGAGUUGCUCUUAGAUUCUGGUUAGGAGAUUUGGAAAAGGUGGCAAAGUGUCUAAACUCACUUCAGUGUCCAAGGGGAUUAAGCGGGGUGGGGAUGCUACUGUGAAGUUCUCACCAACCCAUCUUCUGUAUUGCUCACUUAAGAACCAAAUCAAAUUAAGCCUCCAUUUUAUGACAGAAUGAUACUCUAAUUACCUGAAGAUGCUGACAUGCAGACAGGGGGUACUGAAACAAAAGAGUUUUUUCAUAAACAUCAGGACUGGAAGGGACCUUGUAAGAUCAUCAGGUCCAACCCCCUGCCCCAGGGGCAGGAAGCAGCUAGGGUCAAAGGAGCCCAGCAAGAUAAGCGUCCAAUGUUUCUUAAGUGUCCUUUGACCCUAGCUGACUCCUUUUAAGUACUACGCAGAGACAAGACUAUAAGGUGCAUCAGCAAUGCAGGGAUCUGAAAAGGCAAUGAAGCCCCAAAAGAGCAGAUGUGUACGUUACCACGAGUGUGUUUUCCAAUUUGCAUAUACAGCUAGGAAGAGAGGAAUGAAUUAGUUUAGUUUUUCAUUUUGCAUCAAAAUGUUUAUCUGUUUCUCCUGCUGAUUUUUCACUUUUUAAAUACAGCUGGAUAUAUUUACCUCUUUUUAAUUGAAUUUCAGUCCUUUAGAACAAGAUUUAUUUUGUACUGGGAUUGCAAUUCACUUAAAAUCAUUAGUGUGUUAAAUGCAGUGCAUUUUUGAGCUAGAAGCUUGUCCUGGAAAUCAUUCACCAAGGCUUACGCUUUUGAAUAUUUAGUUCCAGUUCACUUUAGAAAGCUUACAGUGACGAGUUGUUUCGUAAAAUCACAGACUGACCCUUAAAUUUUACAGCGAGUCAAUAUUUACAUCCUCAAGUCGUAAACCACGUACAACCUGGUGAAAUCCCUUUUAAGAUGUCACGUAGCUUUAGAAUUUUUGUGGGAUUUAAAAUCAAGAGUUUAUUUUUUGUUUCUGAACUUGAGAAAGCGUACUGCAGUAUGACAAAGGACUUAAAUUCUGUACAUUAAGCAAGUAGUGGUAUAUUUGUGUUAAGUUGACUUGUGUGUAUUUUAGUGCUGACUUUCACAGGGCUCGAAGUUCUUAGUAUCAGGGGAUUCUGAAAGUGCAAUAAAAUACCAGAACAAAAUGGCCUUUACAGAGUUUGGAGGCCAGUUCUUUGCACUGACUGGUAAUACGCUACUAUGGAAGUAGUACUGUGAAAAUAUUUUUCACCAAAUUUGAAUUUUUCUUACUGGCCUUUUCUUUUUGGCAAAGUUGAAUUGACCAUUCAAAGCUCUCUCGCAUUCUGGAAAGAAAGCGUUUUUAUUUUGGAAAUACCUUCAUACAUAUGUAAUUUCUAGCCUUGUGACAGCACCCAAAAUCUCUUGAUUUUCUGUGUCUUGAAUUUUGUUUCUUAAAGGGGUUGUGUUUUAUACUACCUUUUUAAUAAACAAAUUGAUGAAGAAACCGCUCAGCCUUUUUGAUCAAUAUUUGAGAGAUUGUAGUUAAUCUAAAUCUCCAUUUAUUUUGUAAUUUUAUAAGAUGCUACGAAUUGAAUAUAAUAUCUUGUGCUUACACUGUAAUUUUAAUGAAUACGUGUAAAUAUGUGUUAACACCCAUGCACUAGUACUUCAUUACCAACAUGUCUGGUAAUUUCACUUCCGACAGCCUGAUUAAACCCAAAUGACAUUG